AUGGGAGGAAGCAGUCUGUCCCUCCCCGCGGCCAUCGUCGCGGUUGCUCCCGGUCCCCGCGUUGGCGCGCCAUCCUGCGUCUGCUUGCCAUGGGAAGCUUCAUCGAUCUCUUCUGCCAAGCAUGCAUCAUUGCUUCUUUUCUUUUCUUUCCCCCUGUUGCAAGAGAUCCCCAGGGAAGGAGAGGAGAUUGCAUCUGACCUGCACCGGUGCUUGCUACAGCGGCACGGUUUGCUCAAGAGUGGAUUGGUGCUUCUACUGGGCUCCUUGCUCGGACGGUUGGUGUACCGGCGGGCGCUCCGGCCUCCGCCGCCCAACAUCUGCGGGACUCCGGGAGGCCCUCCCGUCACAGCAACCAGGGUGAAGCUCAGGGACGGGAGGCAUCUCGCCUACCUCGAGUCCGGCGUGCCCAGAGCAACGGCCAACCACAAGAUCGUCUUCGUCCAUGGCAUCAACUCCUCCAGGCACGACGUCCUCCCUGUCUCCCAGGUUACUUCCUUUCCCGAGGUUCUUGAGGAGCUGGGCGUGUGCCUCAUCUCGUACGACAGGCCCGGGUACGGCGAGAGCGACCCUGACCCCUCCAAGACGGAGAGGAGCAACGCUCUGGACAUCCAGGAUCUCGCCGACCAGCUCGACCUCGGGGACAGGUUCUACGUCAUCGGCUUCUCCGUGGGAGGCCAGCUCGUGUGGAGCUGCCUCAAGCACAUCCCACACAGGCUUGCCGGCGCGGCGCUGGUGGCGCCGAUAGCCAACUUCUGGUGGCGCGGCUUCCCGGCCGACGUGUCGAGGAAGGCGUACGCCGCGCAGCUGCCGCAGGACAAGUGGGCGGCCAGCGUCGCGCACCACGCGCCGUGGCUGACCUACUGGUGGAACACCCAGGAGUGGUUCCCUCCAUCCAGCCUCAUCGCCCGCAGCCGCCGCAUCUACUCGCCGCCGGACCUCAAGCUCAUCUCCGAGCUCGCCGGCCCGCGACGGCCUCACAGGGCUCAGGUGAAGCAGCAAGGGGUGUUCGAGACGCUGCACCGGGACAUGAUGCUGGCGUUCGGCAAGUGGGACUACAGUCCGCUGGAGCUGAGGAACCCGGCGCCGGGCAAGGAAGGGGCGGUGCACCUGUGGCACGACGCGGACGACCUGGUCGUCACGCCGAUCAUGUCGCGCCACAUCGCGCAGGAGCUGCCGUGGAUCCGCUACCACGAGCUGCCGGACGCCGGGCACCUGCUCACGCUCGCCGACGGCGUGGCCGACAUCAUCGUCAAGUCGCUCCUGCUGGGAGAGUAGAAGGCUAGCUAGUAGCUAGCAGAUAUUCAUGAUCACAACAGGUCUAUCGAUCGGCUCGGGUCAUGCACAGGCUUUGCAUUGGAGGCCGGAACUUAUUCUCUGCCUCUACUGCUAUCGUGCUGAAUGUAGUAGUCACUGCAAUCUCUUCAACAAUAUUGAAGACUGUCGCAUAAUAGACUUAUAUUUGAGA